AUGUCUCCAAUCCUCCUUCUCUUCCUCGUGGCUUUGGCUCGUGCGCAGUACUUGGUAGAAGAAACAGAGGGAUGUGUCACUAUCAAUGUGACUCUUCCUGGACCAUACACGGUUCUUCGCAUUGACCAAACUGACUACCUCUUCGAUGGUGAAUAUGGAGACGGCACCUACGUGGGUACUGCUCGUGUGUGCGAUGUUGAGGACCACAUCUGGGCUGGUUUCCGUAUGGAUGAGUACAUGAAGGACCAACGCUUCGCCUAUGUAACUGUCUACUUCUCACAGGGUGGCCAAUUCACCAACAUUGAAAAAAACUGCAUUCAGCCAGACCUCUCCUCUCCAGCUGAGAUCGAUGCCGCUGGCGAGUCAGAGGUUACCAUUGCCUGUGCUCGACAGAACGAAUGCGCUCGAGGUCUAUAUACCACAAUCAUGACCGCCAACGCCGAUCUCUGCCGUGACUACAGUGCUCCAAAAUGCAAAUCUAAAGUGGAGGGUGACGUGCGUACGGAGUCGGUCACUUUCAGAAGACCAAGGGGUGAAGACAAGUCCUUUGUCUUCUGCUCUACUCUCGAUUCCUUCCUCUCCUAUGUCAUCAACUGGGGAGGUGAAUGUGGAGGUGCUGAUGGUGGUGGCGGUGGUGGUGGUAGCGGUGAUGGAGAGUGUGAAGCUGAAGAUGAGGUUGAUGGUAAGGUGGAGUUUGAGAAGAGCCAUGAGGGAGAGGGAUGGGAAGGCGUGUGGAGGUAA